AUGAUGCAAAAGCCAGUCCGCCUAGCGCCUCAGUCGGUAGCACAUGCUAUGUUCCUUGAUCAGAGCCAUGACAAUCCCUGCCCUAUCGAGACACGAUCGGCGUACGAUUUGCUGCCCACGGCCGCUAUGGUGUCCAUGGCAUCCUGUGCUGUCGGCUCGGUGAGAGGGUACGAUGAGCUGGUCAGACAUCAGAUUCACGUCGUCAAUGAAAAGCGUCCUUAUGCUAGAUGGGGCAAAGAGACAACUGCUAACAGUGGUAUAGUUGAAGCUCGGCGCAUCCUUAACGAAUUGCAUCUCUCUUUGGCAAGAGCAAACUAUACACAGGUCUUUGUUGAUCAAAUGAGCCCAGAUGUUGUUGGAAUUACGAGGCAUAACCCAAUCACACACGAUACCGUAGUUGUGGUGUCCCACACGGCUUUCAAUAAAUAUCAAAUCAGCAAGGAUCGUGUAUAUCUGAAGCACAUCCCGAUUGGAGACAAUUCUGUUUCGAAAUGCGAAUCGACGAGAAAUCUUCUGAAUCCGACC